UGGCGAAAAUAGUGGCAAAAAAUGGCAAAUUGGAGUGAUCCUACACGUUACGCCUACGCUUCUUUGUUUGCAUUGAGUCUAAACGAACGUUACAGUGAAUCGUGUGACCUAGAAUUUCGGCAACGAUCAUUGCAUCGUUUACUCCAGCACCUCAAUCUUAUGCGGUGCGAAUCCAUGAUGCAAUUGCUGAUGGAAAAUGAGACGGGCCACACGAAGGGUCCUUACGUGGAAAUGUUACUGGACGAACCCGAUUUCCAUCGCGAUGGAACUCGAGUUGUUUACGACGCUUUACAAUGGACUUUAAUGAAAGGUAAUUACGACGCUCGUAUCAGAGUCAUUCUUUACGAAUGGGCCACACAACUCUUCGGAUUAAGUGUGGAACACUUUGAAAUGUUGGAAGAUGCCGUCGUUCAAAGAGUUAGUAACUUCUCCCCUGGCUCUAAAUCGCCUCAGGAGGAAGACGAGCAAAAAAAGCAGACAAAAAUGAAACAAGCCAAAAAAUACGCUCUCAUUGGCGCAGCUUCCGUCGGCGGAGGCGUCCUGCUCGGUCUGACGGGCGGAUUAGUAGCCCCACUUCUCGGCGCAAGUUUGGCAACUCUCUUUGGUGUGGGUGGUGCAGCAGCGGCUGGCAGCGUUGCCGGAGCAGCCGUCGUUGGCUCACUUUUCGGCGCCGCCGGAGCUGGUGUCUCGGGCUACAAGAUGAACAAGCGAGUGGGUGACGUUGAAGAGUUUUUCUUCGUUCCUCUUUCACCUGGAGAAGGUUCCCGAUUGAAUGUUACAAUCACCGUUCCUGGUUGGCUUCCACCAAUCACUCGUCGAGGCAGUAACGACGAAGAUGGCGAAAAGGACGACGUCACUGACGACGAAAAUAGCGACACGGAUGAAGACGAAGCCGUUCAACGACAGCGUCUGAUGCAACCCUUUGAUGGCUUGAUUCAUUCCAGGGAGCAGUACGGACUGCAGUACGAAACCAAGUAUCUGGCAGAAAUGGGCCAAGCAAUCGAUACCAUAUGUAGUAUGGCCAUUUCAAUGGCAGCAACUGAAGUACUGAAAAUGACCAUCUUUCACGGUUUGCUCUCGGCUGUGGCUCUUCCUCGAACAAUCCUUAGUCUGACGUCCAUCAUCGACAACCCGUGGAACGUUUGCUGUAACCGGAGCGCUCAGGUAGGAGAAAUGUUGGCGGAGUCGCUGAUGGAUGGCAAUUUCGGACGUCGACCCGUCAUCCUUUGCGGAUUCAGCCUUGGUGCUCGUGUAAUUUAUUUCUGCCUUAAAGAAUUGCAAAGGAAAGGCGAGAAAGGUCGAGGGAUCGUCCAGGACGCUGUUCUUAUAGGGACCCCCGUCACGGGAAGCCCAGUUGAAUGGCGUCCGUUAUUAGAGGUCGUUGCAGGCCGUCUAGUCAACGCUUAUUCCGAAAAUGAUUGGGUGUUGAAAAUCAUUUACCGAACGGCAUCAGCGGCUUACGAUGUGGCAGGACUUCAGGCCAUUGAUAUUCAACACGAAAGACUAGUCAAUGUCGACCUUUCUCAACUGAUAAGUGGUCACGGUGACUAUAGGACAAAAGCUACCGAAUGCCUUAAAGCUACACGAUUGUUACGUGUUGUUGUAAUAACACCGGAAACUGUCCAGGAUCCAGCAGACAUGUCGGACAGCAGCAAAGAGGACGAAAAGGAUCGACUCAUUCCGGGGUCAUCAUCUGUAGUUGAUCAUCCAAUUCGAUCCAGUUUGAAAGAAUCGAAAAAAAUAUGAGCGUUGCUUUUGCUGUUGUGUGUGUCGCUCGUGUAGAUGAUGUGAUUCAGUAUGACAUGAAGCAUAUCAUUUCGACCUUUGUAUAUGUAAAUAAUUUAAACAUGUCGAUAUGCCAUGGCUUACGUCCAUGCAAUAUUACGACCGCGAUAUUCGUGCAUCCUACGGCGUGUGUAGACCAAGGAUCGAUAAGUCAAUAAAAAGGCAAUAUUUAAAAAAAAAA